CGACAUGACCUCCUCCAUGCAUUCCGGUCGACCUGAACCGUCUCUGACACCUCGACACAUACCUGAUCCAUUAAUCAAUUUUGAUGUCUCCUGCAGCCAAUCUCCUCAACCAUUCGUUCAAACUAGAGCUCCGCUGCAAUGACCGCCUCUCAAGUGUGUUUCACCUGCAAAGGCAGGAAGAAGAAGUGCGAUAAGCGAAUGCCACGAUGUAGCUACUGCGAGCAGAAAAAUAUAGCCUGCUGUUACAAUUAUGGCCUGGAAGUGAAUCUACACCCAUCAUUCCACUCGAUCAAAGGAGCUUUCGAUCCAACUCCUUUGGUUUUCCCUCUCAAAAACUUACAGAGUGACGGAUGGGAAGCCAGUCAUGGCUACAAGAAGUCUUCGACAACGUUGAACCAGGCAAUCCCAAUUGGGCCAAUGCUCGAUCUUGUAACACUCGAUUCUACACGAUCACUAGAGGUGAUGCAAAUGAUACGGGCGUCCCACCAAUCAAUUGACGACAUCAGUACGCGAUAUUUCAAAGGGUUUCAUUUGUGGAUCCCUUUCCUUUGCCCGGACCGCUUCCGAGAAGAUCUGGUUCGAUUUCAAUCACUUCCAACGGCAGAAUUCGCUCUGCUUCUUCUUUGCAUGUGCUUACUCACCUAUGAUCCGCCGCAGAAUCAAUCAUCGCCAGUUGGACAUGAUACGCUCUACUUGCAUGCCAAGACAUUCUUUGCUCAGAUCCACGUAUUGCGGCGUCCGUCGCUUCACCUAAUCCAAGCAGCUAUCUUCAUCUCUUCUUACGAAUAUGCCCGUGGUCGGCCAGAUUCGGCGCUUGCGUCUAUUGAUACUUGCGCUCGCAUGGCAUACAAAAUAGGAUUCGAUCGGAAGUCCGAAGGCCUAGGUUGGAGCGAAGCAUGGAAUACAUGGUGGGCAAUUAGGAUCUUUGAAAGAAUCUUCUACUGCGAGACAUCAUUGACCGGCCUGCCAUUGAUUUCGUCUGCGCCAAACGAAGCAGACUUGCUCCCUUAUGAACUCGGUGACGCCACAUGCGAAGACAGGUCGGAAUUGAGCUACUCGGUUGCCCCGGUGAAGCUUAUGGGAGUAGGUUGUUUGGGUCGCGCAGCUCAAGCCACGUAUCUCCUCGACCGAGUAUUUCAAACGAUAAAAAACACCGCCACUACCGAUAAGAUAUCUAGCUUGGUCGAUAUAGACAGUGAACUCCAGCGGCUACUUUCUGCAACGAUGGACAGGUGUCAUGGCUACCGAGGAGGGCAUUGUGGCGCUGUGAGCAUCUUGAUCAGAGCUCUUUUCCUACUGCAUCAGCAUAUCCUUCAGCUCGAUACAACAUCCAUCGGAUCUCAGUGGCGAGAGUACUCGGAAGCAGCACUCGAUACCGUUGUUCAAAUGGUUUUGGAUAUUGCGCGAAGUCAUCGCGUGUAUCAUGGCGCCAAUAUCGACAUCAUCUCUCCUGCUUGCAAUUACGUUGUUCGCCAUACCUUGCAGUAUUUCUAUGAGAAGCGCGGUGGAGAUAGCAAUGCGUGGUUCCAAGACUCCGAUACCCUACGACGAUCAUUGGACAAGUUGAAUAGUCGCUGGCCUAUGGAGCCUGGUAUAUUUUCGGACCAUUAAGACGGAUCGUAUAUUUUUCUGACGACGUUGUCAAAGCGGACGGCCAGAAUUUCAUGGAAUCCUAUCACGUCUUGAGCAAUUGGAGGGAAACCACUGCCGACCUGGUUGAAAGAUGAUUGAACGUUACGCUCAUAUGUGUUAUGUUCCCUACGUGAUGUUACAACUCUCCUCGUGCCAUUGCUUUCCUAUGUUAUCAUUCCACCGCAUCCUGGACCACAUGCGAGACCAGGCAUGUGAUUCAAUCGAAUUUUGAAAGUUUUCCUGCUUUAUUUUGUCCUCUUCUGAACCUUCAGGUACCGAGACC